UCAGCAAAUGUCAGCACGUCAGUCAGCCAGCCAGCUUUAAAAAUGUUUUGUUGUGUUGUUUCGUUGAGUGAGAAGCCCCGUCCGGACGUGUCUGUCGGAUAGUGGAGUCUUCGUCUCUCUCCAGAGCCGCCGCGCCGCGUCGUCAGUCGCAUUGCAUUGACGCCGUCCAGUGUAAUCGGUGCUCUGCCACCAAGUCUCCAAGUUGAAGUAGUGCCACCUGUUUGUUCGGUCAACUUGUUGCUUUCGAGUAUCGUGCCUGGUUAUAUUUAACUGUGCUUCACAUCUGAAUCCCAGAAGGGAUUCAGCUUUUUGACUCUAAAGGGUCAAUAAAAGGCUCCAGGUUGGCUGGGUACUGGCAUAGAAGGAAUAAAGCCCAACGUGAAAAAAUGGCAUCAGAAUCACCAUUUCUUACAAGAUAUGUUUUGAAUAAUGGCCUUGAGAUGCCAUCGAUAGGAUUGGGAACGUUUCGUAUGCGCCAAGCAGACAUUAUAGUGGAAACUUUUGAUGAAGCUUUGAGUGCUGGAUAUAGAAUGUUUGACACUGCAACUGCUUAUAAUAAUGAAGGUCUCAUAAAAGAGGCAUUGGAAACACUACUGCCUAAGCAUGGUCUUGAAAGGGAUGACAUUUUCAUCACCACGAAACUAGCACCAAGUGACCAUGGCAAUGAGCGUGUUCGUGCUGCCUACCAAAGAUCAUUGGACCUUUUGGGCUUAGAGUAUGUGGAUCUGUACUUGAUACAUUUCCCGGGAACUGCCAACAUCCCAGCCAAUGAUAUGCGCAACUUUAGAAUGCGUGACAUGACAUGGCGCACACUCACAGAGAUGUAUGACGAGGGUCUGAUAAAUAGUAUUGGGGUGUCUAAUUUUACCCAACGGCAUUUAGACGAGAUUAUUUCGUCUAGCCACGUGACACCCACUGUUAACCAGGUGGAGUGGCAUCCUUUCUAUCAUGAUUAUGAUCUGCUAAAAUUCUGCAAAGAAAAUGAUAUACAGCUCCAAGCAUAUUGCUCCUUCGGGGGCUCAUCUCAUGACAAUAAUGAAUUGUUAAACAAUCCAGUAGUUACCCAAAUUGCUAAGAAACAUAAUGCAACAAGUGCUCAAGUGCUUCUUGUAUGGGCACUACAACACGAUAUUGCCGUAAUUCCUAAGACUACUCAUCCAGACCGUCUGAAAGAAAAUAUCACGCUUCAGUUCAAAUUAACACCAGAAGAAAUUAAAGCUCUAAAUGGACUCGGGGAACGUAACAUGAAAUACGCCUGGGACCCUAAAGCUGUAACUUAAAUAUUUUUAAUUAUGCUUCAUUAUACCUUUUUUUAUUUGCUCAGCGAUUUUUAACGGUAUUGAAAUAAAAUUAUUGGUGCAUAUCCCCAAUUAAGAUGGACGCACCGUGAGCUCAAUCUGCGAGCUUAAAUAGUUAAGAAUGUUUCAUAAUUACAUAUAAUUUUUUAUGAUGUCUUCUUCAGACAGAAUUUUCCUAAUAAAGCAUUUAUUCAAGUAGCUACGAAAGCUGCAGUUAUAAUUAUUAAAGAAAAAAAAAUUAAAUAUAGCAUCUUGCCUGAUGCCUGCAUUCACACCAAAUUUAUUUUAAUCCUACUUGUUACAUGGGUACUUUUCACUGUCAUCCCUAAAGAAAUAAACGCUGGUGCGAGCUGAUUUUCUUUAUUUAAUGCGUGGCGAGAGUGGCGAUAAUAUAUUUAUCUUCACACUAUGAUUCUUCAGUCUGGGAAACAAUAAUAUUUGGUGUGUAGGUGGUCCAAGGGAUGUAAUAAUUGGCAGGGUAAAAAAUGUAACUGUAAUUUAUUCCUAAUAUUCAUUUUAAUACUUAUCUUUUUUUUAACUACUAAUAUUUAAAAAAGGCUUGCUAGCAAGCUCAUUGAUUGUAUUGAUCUUAAUUGGUUGUGUAUCAUGAUGUUAUUUAUUAAAAAUUGCAGCAUUAUU